UGUGCCUUCCUUCGUUCCUCCCGCGCCACACUCCAACGGCGACCCAGACGGAACCGCGUACCAACCGAGCCUGAAAAACCCGGGCGCAGCGCACCGAUCCGAUCCCGCAAGCGGGGCUAGGCCGCAGCCCGCACCCCACCGAGAUCCCGAUCCCAAAUUCCCAUUCCGAUACCUCGGCCCCGGACGCCAUGGCGGACUGCCGCAGCCUCAUCGAGUUCCUCCGCGCCUUCGAGCACCGCCGCCGCCGCGCCGCCGCGGCCGGUGCCGGCGGCUCCUCGGACUACCCGCCAUGCCCCCGCUCCCGCCGCGCGCCCACAUCCUCGUCUUCGCGGCGGCAGCAGCAGCAGCGGAGGCUAUUCCCCUCCCUGUGCGACCACUCCCCGAUGGCGGCCCUGGACGCGCUCGCGCUGCUCGCCGUCCUCGGCGCGCUCGCCUUCCUCGCUGCCCCCUACGUCACGCUGCUAGCCCUGGAGGUCGGGGAGCUGCUGCGCCAGUACCCGGACGAGCCCUACCUGUACGUGGCGUUCGCGGCGGGCGCGGGCGCCGCGGUGGCGGCCGUGGCGGGGCUGCUUGCGUGGGAGGUGGCCGGGCACCACGCCCGCAAGUGCGGCAAGCCCCGCUGCCGCGGCCUGCGCAAGGCGGUGGAGUUCGACAUCCAGCUCGAGACGGAGGAGUGCGUACGCGGGAGGCUGCUGCCGGUGGCCGGCCAAGCGGCGCUGCUCGCGGCUGCCGGGGCGGCCCGCCCCGUCGAGCUCGGCGAUGAGCACCGGGAGCUCGAGGCUGAGCUUAGGAAGAUGGCGCCACCUAACGGACGCACCGUGCUCACCUUCCGUGCGCCGUGCGGGUGCCCCAAGGGGAGGAUGGAGGUCUGGGGCGCCAAGAAGGUGCGCCGGAUCAAGAAGUAGUGAUGCCCCAAACGUUUCUGGAUUUUCCAUCAUAAGUAUUUCUAGUUACAUACAUCAUACAGCGCUCUGCUCUUGUAGCAAGUAUAGUUGAGAAUAAGGAGAGGAACAAAGGAAUAGAUACAUAUAUUAUGAAUUAUGAUGUGCCGCCAUAGCUCGCUCCUUCAUUGACAGCUGUUAAUUGGAUUAUGCAAUAAGUUGCUGUUGCCUGUUGGUAUAUAAAUAAUGUGCAGCCGCAGAUUUUACCUUGUUUAUGCUAUGUGGAUGACCGGACAUAUCAGUUUAUAUGCUAUGCUGGUUGUGUCUUCUGCUAUCUAGCAGAGAUGGUGAUUGUGGAGGAAUUACUUUCAUUUUUGUUGUACCUAUGAUUCUCUGGAAUCUUAGUUAACUAUGUUCAUUUUUUUUUCAAA